AUGGCUUUCCCCCCCUCGGUGCACCACCUGCACCUCCCCCGCACUAAGCGCCACCACCGCGCAUUCCAAGACGCAUCUCAAGAAGACGAGCUCGACCCGACCCAACCUUCUCAAUCUCAGCUUCGCAAAGGCAAGGGCAAGAAUUCAGUUUACGGAGAUGGUCAAAGAAUAGGGAUUACGGAUGAUGUUGGUGUUGGGGGUGUAGUGGGAGGGUUUGGGAAACAGGCGGGGGUCAGGCUGGAUAGGGAUAAGAGAGGAGGGUGGGGUUGGAAUUGGAGUUUGGAAGAUCCGAAGGGAGGGACGAAAGAGGGGAGGUGGUCUACUGGGAAGGCAGCCACAUACUUUCCCGGGACGAUCUCGACUGAGACAGAGGGGAUGGGUAUGCCUUUCGAGGAUGUUCUUCAGAGCUCUGUGCAAUACGCUGAAUCGCUCUGUCUCCCUUACGAACGCGAUGGCCUCCGAGACGUCAUCACAGAAAUUCUCACUGAAGACCUUCCUUCCGCCGGUCCAUCGGGCACGUCCAAACAACCUGGCUGGCCGCAUCUGGACCUCGACCUCAACCCAGAGAUGAACAGGAAGAGGGAUGUGUACAGAGGUGCCAGGGUGGCGGUUGUACAGAAUCCAAAGGGAAGGCCAGCGAGAAGCUUUGUGGCGUUUCCGACCGGGAAAGUGGGGCAUCAGCUUAACAUCUCGCCGUUCAUGCCCGCAACCAUGGCCAAAGUAGAACGGCGGACUCGUUUCCGCUUUGCCCCUACUACCACUCCAGCAGACGAAUUCCCGACGCCUAUACUGCAAAUAUGCUCUUCCGAUGUGGUCUCAACAUCUCGUAUAGACCGAGACGCUACAGCCCUCAUCGUCCGUCUUCAAACCACCACCCACCUCCUCAACAUUCACCCCCUCUCAUCUAUUACCUCGCCCUUCUCCUCAACACGCAUAGCCCAACUAUCCUACGUCGAUACUGAAUCCCGCAAACACGUCGACAUCGCCCUAGACGCCGAGAUAUGGUCACGAGCGCUGAUGGUCGAUGAAGGCGGUGGUGUCUGGUUGUGGUGGGAGGAAAAGGAAACUAAAGGCGGGAGGUUGGAAAAGGUUAUGAAGCUGAGAAAGGUACGAGAGGCUGUCGAGGAAGAAGAGGAGGAAGGAGAAAGGUUUUGGACGGUGGCUUUUGGGACGAGGCCGGGUACUGCGAUAGUCGUUUCUGCAAGAGAAGCGACGAUCAUCGAUAUCGACGAUCCCGACCACCCCACUACGAGUCUUAUGACGCUAAAUGGUCCCACACGUCGCUUUCUCGGUAUUGAGAGGACUGCAGCUGCGAGGGGCACCAAGUGGACGGUGAUGUGCACUACCCACGAGGUGUUUUGGAUCGACGAGAUGGGCAAGGGAGUCCCGAGUUUGGGGUGGAAACAUGGGUAUGAGGGUGCGGACGACAUGGAGAUCAUUGUCCUGCCCGGGGUGAACAAGGGCGAGUGUACGACCCUCCUAUACUCAGCCUCCAACCCGUUCAUAACCGUCUUUACAACCCCCAAAUCCGGGCCUCUACGUUUCAUCGGUCGACCCUACGCGCUAUCUCUCAAUCUUCCCCCAGAGAGCAUCCCUACGACGCUGACGAGCCUGUCAAUAUCACCCAACCGCCAUCUUUCGUCUCUGCUCGGUCUGUCGGACGAUGGCACCUUGAGCUAUAUCCCUUUGAGCGCUACAACCCCUCUCACUCCUUCGGCAGAGAAUCAAAAGCCGCUCGAACCAAUUCCAGCCUCCUGGGACGAUGCCGUCUCUGAGCUGGCGAAGAAGGACGACAGGAACGAAUUUGGCGCCGGCGAUGGAUGGGAAGAGAAAGCAAAAGUCGGUUUUCGAGAGUUGAACCUCAGGUGGGCCUGGCUUGCUAUCGGCAAAGACGACGAUGGGUCCGAUUAUGGAGAGGAUUAUGAAGCCGAGGGACUUGAUAUCGCGCAGGCGGACAUCGAGGAAGAAGAUGAGGAUGCGGAUGUACAGAUGGUGUCCGAUGGUGAAGAGGGGCAAUGGGACGAUGAUGAGAGCGAGGUGGGCGAGGAACGAUGGUUUGUGCCCGAGCUGUUUGAGAGGUACUUGAGAGAGACGGAAGCACCUGUGGAGAGCGUGAUGACUGCAGCUGAAUUAGCAAGAGACUCGCUGCUACCUUCUUCAGAACCCGAGCGUGCCGAGAAUGGCCAAGAGAAGGAGAAGGAAGGCAAAGUCAGCAAGAUACUCCCUAUACCUCUGCACCCUUCUUCCAUUCGCCCGACUCUUGAAGCCCUUGGCAAGAUCGAUUUCAACAAGCACCUCACCCCUUUACUCAACCUUCAAUCCUUUUUGCCUGCUUUAACAAACACUCAGCCUCCCCUGUCAAAAGACAACAUCCAACCCGUAAAGCUAUAUGACCUUCUCUGCGAGGCCUUCCCACCCGAAAGCGCUAGGGUCAGACUCGCCACGGCCCAGCUCGUCGUCUCCCUCUUCCUCUCGAGUAAAGUUGUCUCUCCUGAAGACUUUCUUCCAAUUCCCAAAUCGGCGCACGACCAGGCUUUGGAAGACGAGCAAGCAGAGGCUCAGAGAAGGGACGAGGUGGAGCAGUUUGUGCAAGCUGCGAGUCGCUUGACAUUAGACGAAUCAGGGCCGGGGAGAAUACAGUUCAACGUACUCCAACCUCGUCUUCCGCAUGCUCUUCGAGGUGAAGAUGAAGGGGAUGGUGAAGAAGAAUGGGCGGACGAGGAAGGUGAAGAGGCUGAAAGGGCGGCGGUGGAAGCAGACUUGCAAAGUCGCAGUGCGAAAGCGUUGAUGGAGAGCUGGAAAGUGGGAGAAGACCCUGCUGCAUGGGUGUGGGAAGACUGGAACCUCGACCAAAGCCAUAAUACCCCACUUCCUCGGGCGACUCAACCUUCUACCAGCCAACGUGCCCCUGCCCUGCCCACAAUCCAGACAGUUCGACCUAUACGUCCUCUCCCAUCCUCAAGGACGCUAUCCAAUCUCGCACUACCCUCGCCCAACACACCCGAGCCUCAUCAAUUCUCCCACCUCGUACCCCCUACCCUCUCAACGUCCUAUUCACUUCCUUCGCUGAGUCGAAUGCCGGCACAAGCGAGAUCUUCACCGCCGCCGGGUUGGGACGGCGGCGGCAGCCAGGAGCUCAGUGGUGCGGGGCAAAGUCAGAGCCAAAGUCAAAGUCAAGGGGUGGAGUGGGCGAGUACGCAGGUGGAGAGAGGAAAGUUUGGGGGCAAGCUGGAGAAGAAGAAAAAAAGCAAGAAACGAUUGGGCGGCUUUUAGGCGACAUGUAUGGGUUUCAUGGGUGCUUCAUGUGACAUUUUGCCCGGAUGGUCUGCGGGGACUGUCUUAAGUUUACACACAGGAAUGAUUGAUGACGGC